AUGGCCUCCUCUCCUCCCCCUCACGGCAUGAUAGACGCCAACCGUGAUCAAGGCGCACCCUCGUCGUCUCGCUUCUGCGGCGCCCGCAAUCUUCUCAACAAGGUCGACGGCUACAUCAGUUCUUCGCGCCUGGGCUACUUCUUUCGUCUCUCUGGAAGCGGACACGCAAGUAGCCCCUCCUCUCUCCUUGAUUCUGGUCUAACCACCCUUCAGCCCGACGAGAUCGCUGGGUCUACCUUUUUUCGAGAGAUUCGCGCUGGUUUGACUACUUUUGCGACCAUGGCAUACAUCAUUGCCGUCAACGCGGCUCUUCUUUCUCAGACUGGCGGUACUUGCGUCUGCGACUUGACCGACAGACAGGCCUGUGACAAGAUUGACGAAUACGUCGCCUGCAAGGAAGAUGUUCGACGAGACCUUGUCACCGCUACCGCCGCCGUCGCUGGAAUGGCAAGCUUCAUGUUUGGCCUCCUCACAAACCUCCCCGUUGCCAUCGCCCCCGGAAUGGGUCUCAACGCCUACUUCACCUUCCAGGUGGUCGGCUACAACGCCAGCGGCCCUAUCCCCUACCGUCUCGCCCUCACCGCCGUCUUUGUCGAAGGUCUCAUCUUUGUCUUCCUCGCCCUCACGGGUAUGCGACAGUGGCUCGUCAAGCUUAUACCCGCCACCAUCAAGACUGCUACCGGUGUUGGUAUCGGCUUUUUCCUCACCGAGAUUGGUCUCUCGUACUCCGCAGGUAUUGGUGCCAUCACUGGUGGCUGGACAGCUACGCCGUUGGCUUUGGGUGGUUGUCCUAUCGAGAUGAUUGAUGAAGUGACGGGCAUGUGUGCUGGGGGUCAAAUGUCCAGCCCCAAGCUCUGGGUCGCCGUCUUCUGCGGUGGCAUCGUCACCGCGUUUCUCAUGGCCUUCCGCAUCAAGUAUGCCCUCAUCAUCGGCAUCGCCCUCGUCUCCAUGCUCUCGUGGCCCCGCAACACUCCUAUCACCUACUUCCCUCACUCCUCCGAGGGCGACUCCCGCUUUGACUUUUUCAAGCAAAUCGUCGUGUUCCACCCCAUGGAAAAGACUCUCAACAAGCUCGACUGGGCCUUUGAAGCUCCGGCCUCGCAGUUCGCUCUCGCUCUGUUCACCUUCCUUUACGUCGACAUCAUCGAUGCCACUGCGACUCUCUACUCGAUGGUCCGUUUCUGCGGCGUCGUGAGGGACAGUGACGGCGACUUUCCUCGCUCCACCAUCGCCUACUGCACUGAUGCUGCCUUUAUCUCUAUUAGUGCCUUGUUUGGGAGUUCUCCUGUCACGGCCUUCAUCGAGAGCGGUGCCGGCAUCGCAGAGGGGGGGAGAACAGGACUGACUGCCAUGGUCACCGGGCUUUGCUUCGUCGUCUCUGUGUUUCUCGCCCCCAUCUUUGCGUCUGUUCCUCCAUGGGCCACUGGCUGUACCCUCAUCUUGGUCGGCUGCAUGAUGAUCCGUCAAAUCACCCAGAUCAACUGGCGAUACAUCGGCGACGUCCUCCCCUCGUUUGUCGUCAUGACCUUUAUCCCCUUCAGCUACAGCGUCGCCUACGGUCUCAUCGCGCAAGCUCCCCCCUAUCCUCCCUCUCAGGUCCCAGCUAACAAUACUCUCAGCGGCGUCUUUGUCUACACCGUCCUCAAUGGCCUCAUUGCCCUCGUCGUCUGCCUCUCCCGCGGCCAGCUCGAGCCCCGCGAGUACGACCUCAAGGAGUACUGGACCUGGAAGGGAUCCGGCCGUGCCCCCUGGUUCGUCCGCGCCAUCCGCCGCCGUGUCAGCGAUGAUGACAGUGACGACGAUGACGACGACGAUGACGACCGUCAGAGCCGAUCCGACAUUGCCAUGGACUACAUCGACCGUCCUGGUCACAGCAGCUCCGAGACCGCCGUCUCCUCGGGCAAGGAAGAGACCGUCACCAAGGCUGGACGUCCCGCUUCUCCUCCUGGCCACUGGUUGAACUAG